GCUGAGCCUGCGUUUCGGAAGUGUGGAUGUGCGCCUGCGCUGCGCAGGGCCGGGCGGGCGUUUUGAAUUUUGCUCCCGGAGUCGCGUCACACCAUCCCGGGCUGAGACUGCGGUAUUCGCGGCUGGAGACCCAGCGGCGAGUAGCCUUUUGCUGCCCGACCGACUCGAGAGGCUUAAAGGAUGGCCUCUUCAGAUCUGGAACAGUUAUGCUCUCAUGUUAAUGAAAAGAUUGGCAAUAUUAAGAAAACCUUGUCAUUAAGAAACUGUGGCCAGGAACCUACCUUGAAGACAGUAUUAAAUAAAAUAGGAGAUGAGAUCAUUGUAGUAAAUGAACUUCUAAAUAAAUUGGAAUUGGAAAUUCAGUAUCAAGAACAAACCAACAAUUCACUCAAGGAACUCUGUGAAUCUCUUGAAGAAGAUUACAAAGACGUAGAACAUCUUAAAGAAAACAUUCCUUCCCAUUUGCCUCAAGUAACAGUAGCCCAGAGCUGUGUUAAGGGAUCAGAUCUUGAUCCUGAAGAACCAUUCAAAGUUGAGGAACCUGAACCCAUAAAGAAGCCUCCCAAAGAACAAAGAAGUAUUAAGGAAAUGCCAUUUAUAACUUGUGAUGAGUUCAAUGGUGUUCCUUCGUACAUGAAAUCCCGCUUAACCUAUGGUCAAAUUAAUGAUGUUAUUAAAGAAAUCAACAAGGCAGUAAUUAGUAAAUAUAAAAUCCUACAUCAGCCAAAAAAGUCUAUGAAUUCUGUGGCCAGAAAUCUCUAUCACAGAUUUAUUGAUGAAGAAACAAAGGAUACCAAAGGUCGUUAUUUUAUAGUGGAAGCUGACAUAAAGGAGUUCACGACUUUGAAAGUUGACAAGAAGUUUCACGUGUUACUGAAUAUUUUACGACACUGCCGGAGGCUGUCAGAGGUCCGAGGGGGAGGACUUACUCGUUACGUUAUAACCUGAGUCCCUUGUGAACUUUUGAAUGGACCAAUAGGGUAUAGAAGCUAUUUCUAUAAUUUUCUUAUAUAUAAUUUUUUUAACUUUUAGUCUUUUUUGUUUCCUUUUUUUUCUUUGAGACAGGAUCUUGCUUUGUCAUGCAGGCUAGAGUGCAGUGGCGCAAACAUGGCUUACUGCAGCCUCAACCUCCCAGGCUCAAGUGAUCCUCCCACCUCAGCCCCCUGAAUAGCUGGGACUACAAGUGUGCACCACUAUGCCUGUCUAAUGUAUUUUGUGUAGAGAUUGGGUUUCAUCAUGUUGCCUGGGCUGGUCUUGAACUCCUGAGCUCAAACAAUCCACCCUCCUCCGCCUCCCAAAGUGCUGGGGAUACAGGCGUGAGCCACCACACCUGACCUAUUCUUGUUUCUUACAAAAAUAAAACUUUUUUGGAUAAUGCUUAUAUAUUUUCAAGAUUUACCUCCUUUCACCAAAUAUUUAACUACCUGCUGAAUAAGCCUCUGUACUAGGCACAUAAUAGAACUAAAAAAUGCUCAUGUCCAGUUUCUGUGUUGAGUGGACAAUGCUGCAGACCCCAAAAAGAUUGGGUACAGAUUGGCGUGCACCUACUGUAGUCCCAGCUACUCAGGAGAAUUGCUUGAACCCGGGAGGUGGAGGUUGCAGUGAGCCGAAAUCGCGCCACUGCACUCCAGCCUGGGCAACAGAGCAAGACUCCGUCUCA